CUUGACUGUGGUAUUGGCCGCUCGGUCGGCAGUCAAACAAGAGAAAGCGGAGCGGUGGAUUCAAGUGUUUAACCCCAGUUGUGCGAGACUCUAACACAGUAUUACAGCAGACUGCAGGGAUGGUGAACUGUGUGGAUGGCUGACGGACAGAGACGCCAGCCAAUCACGUGACAUGAUGGUCACUCAGGAACGCUUCCUCCUCCUGGUGGUGGUUGGGGGUGCAGUGCUGGCCAUUAUCAGCCUCAGCCUCCAGUUCUUGAACCUGAUCCCUACCACCCCGUCCUUGGAGGAGCAGCCCUUCCGGGUGCUAGAUGGAGGAGUCGGGAUGGGCCAGGGGAAGAGCAGGAAGAGGGUGUUCCCUGUGCUCCACACCCCGGACCCCAACCCUGUAUCUGAAGCCUACAGCUACUGUAACACUCCUAACCGCACUGAACAGGCCUGGGAGGGCCACAGUCCAGCCGACUACAAGCUGCUGUCUGUCCAGGUGAUGAUUCGCCAUGGGGAUCGCUAUCCCCUCUACUCCAUCCCCAAGACCAAACGUCCCGCCAUUGACUGCAUGUUGUCCCCCAGCAGGAAACCUUCCCACCCCCAGCUGAACGCCUUCAUCAGUCACAUUGGACAGGGAGGGCGUGGCCACUGGGAGUCCACCCUGGGCUCGAUUCCCCGUCUGCCCAACCACAGUGCCUGUGAGAUGGGAGAGCUAACACAAACAGGUGUGGUACAGCACUUACGCAAUGGCCAGCUCCUCCGCCAAGCCUACAAACGCCACAAACUCCUCCCCACUGACUGGUCGCCCCGCCAGCUGUGGGUGGAGACCACGAGUAAGAGCCGCACCCUACAGAGCGGGCUGGCCUUCCUCUAUGGCUUCCUCCCAGACUUCGACUGGACGAGGCUGACUGUGCGUCACCAGUGGAGCACACUUUUCUGCGGCUCGGCCUGCGACUGCCCCGCCAGGAACAGAUACUUGGAGGAGGAGCAGAGGAGGCAGUAUCAGCUCCGAGUGGCCGAUACCCAACUGGAGAGGACUUAUGCCGACAUGGCCCGUACGUUGGGUGUGUCCACCCGUCAGCUCCGAGCUGCAAACCCCAUAGACUCUUUCCUGUGCCACCUAUGCCAUGGCCUGCCAUUCCCGUGUGUGCCCGCAGCCAAUGGUGGCACUGGCGGGUGUCUGACUGUAGCCGAGUUUGCUGUGAUUCGCCGUCAGCAGCUAGAGGACGGGGUGGACAGGAGGAAAGCGGGACUGUACCAUAAAUACUCCAUCCUGGCCAUGUACCCAUACCUCAACAGAACAGCGGCCAAGAUGGAACGUGUCGCCAGAGCCAAUGAGGCAGGGCGGCGGCCGCGAGCAGGUGGUGAGGAGGUGUUCACCCUCUCCUCUGGGCACGAUGUCUCCGUGGCGCCACUGCUGAGCGCCUUGGGGGUGGAGGACGCCAAGUUCCCACGCUUUGCGGCGAGGGUGGUCUUUGAGCUUUGGAAGAGCCCCCCCGACACGCCCGAGCUGCCCAAGAAGGGGGCAGGCAAAAGUGAGAAAUCAAAGGCAAAAGACGGGGGAUUCUUCAUCAGGGUGCUGUACAACGGCGAGGACGUGACGUUUCACACCACAUUCUGUCGCUCCCACAACCGCCAUGCCGGCCACCCACUCUGUCCCCUGGAGAACUUCCUGUCUUUCAUCAGAAGAGACAUAUUCAGUGCUGUCAAUGCUACAUCUUACCAGGAAGCCUGCUACAAGCGUGAGGGAUGAAUGCAAGAGACGAGUGGUAAUAGGUGGCAGAUGGUUGUAAUUUUUUUUUUUUUGUUUGUUCAGGUUUUUUUUCCUACUUACGGUGCACUUUUGUGCUGCUCAUAGUGUCUUAAAAGUUUUACACCGUUUUGUACAAGUACUUCUUAACAUUCCUCAGCACAAAUCGACUUUGACUAAAACACACAUACACACAUCAUGCCUUGGUUUGAGGUCUUUACAAGCUAUUUGUACUGCCUCUCUGGUGAAAGCUACAGUAUGUGGUGACGACAAUCACCAGGGAAACUAGAGCUGUAAACCUUUCUACAAACAUUUUAAAAUACUGUAUGUUUUCUGAAGUGGGUUUGUAAGAAAUCCAAGGGAAACUGUAUGGCACAUGGCCACUUUAAUCUACAUUCUGUAAACCCAUGGAAUGUAGAAAUUCCUGUAUUCCCAAACACUUGAAAGAAAAAGGGAAUACUGAAACUGGGCACGCUAUGCUGGAUUACUCAUUCUUGAAAAACAUUUGGUGUAAAUAGAUAGUAGAUUUUUUAAUGAAGACGAUGUUUUGCACCAUAUUAUGCCACCUAUAGCCACCUUUCAGGCUUACAACCCUGAUUUUUAAUGUUCAUUCCCUCUAUUAUCCUCUAAUUGUUAUAAUUUUAUUGAUUUGGAUCUUCUUCUUGUCCUUUUGGGGAAAGAAAUUGUUACGGUACUUUCAAAGUGACAUUUUUUUUUUUUUUUUUUAAAUUGAGACUUGUAACACUUGUUAAACAAACAGUUCCACUACAGUUCAUCAGGGCAAUUACUGUAUUUAUAUCAAGUAUUGAUGCAGCUUUCCACUUUGGUAGCUAAGUGUAUAAAAAAUUUGUUUGAAGGUUCCUGAAGUUGAAUAAAAUGUUCAUUAACACAUGCUUAUACUGUAAAACUCAUGUGGAGUAAAGAGAUAAUGAAUUGU